GGGGAGAGAGAGAGAGAGAGAGCUUCAUCUUUUAGCUUCUCUCUUUGAUUGAGGAGGUGGGUAAUGGCCACUGAAGCUUCUCCCAGUGGGCAGAGAGGCGUCCGAAUCCAAGCACCGCUGGUUGAAUCAGUAUCAUGCUAUUGCAGGGUAGAUGCAGGCUUAAAAACUGUAGCAGGAGCAAGAAAAUUCGUUCCUGGAGCAAAAUUAUGUACCCAACCUGAUAUCAACCCAAAUGGACCUAAGUCUAGGAGCUCACGGCGUGAGAGAUCAAGAACCCAAGCACCUCUAAUCCCUGGCCUCCCCGAUGACCUCGCCAUUGCUUGCCUAAUCCGAGUUCCUCGAUCCUACCACCAAAACCUUCGAUUAGUCAGUCGAAGAUGGAACCGUCUCCUCUCUGGAAACUACUUUUUCUCCCUUAGAAAAAGAAGCGGAAUGGUAGAGGAAUGGGUUUAUGUAAUCCGAAGAGAUCGUGAUGGUAAAAUAUCAUGGCAUGCUUUUGAUCCCAUCCAUCAAUUGUGGCAGCCUCUACCUCCGGUUCCUUCCGAGUACUCAGAAGCACUUGGGUUUGGUUGUGCUGUUCUUAGUGGCUGCUAUCUUUACUUAUUUGGAGGUAAAGACCCAAUUAGAGGUUCAUUGAGGAGAGUUGUGUUCUAUAAUGCUCGAACUAAUAGAUGGCAUCGAGCUCCUGAUAUGCAAAGGAAACGUCAUUUGUUUGGUGCUUGUGUCAUAAAUAAUUGCCUCUACGUUACCGGUGGAGAGUGUGAAGGUAUGCAGAGAACUUUGAAAUCAACCGAGGUUUAUGAUCCUAAUAAGAACAGGUGGGCUACUGCUGCUGAGAUGAUCACCGGGAUUGUUCCCUUUAUUGGAGUUGUCCACGAUGAGAAGUGGUUCUUGAAAGGGCUAGACUCACAUAGACAAGUCGUAAGUGAGGUCUAUGAUCCUAAAACCAAUAGCUGGUCUAUAGUUAACGAUGGAAUGGUCACUGGAUGGAGAAAUCCAAGCAUUUCGAUCAAUGGAAAGCUUUAUGCUUCAGAUUGUAGAGAUGGUUGCAAGCUGAGAGUAUAUGAUGAGCUGAGUCAUUCAUGGAGCAAGUUUAUGGAUGGAAGAUUUCAUCAUAUGGGAAGUUCUCGUUCUUUGGAGGCUGUGGCAUUUGUUCCUGUUAAUGGGAAGCUGGGCAUUGUUCGUAAUAAUAUGAGCAUAAGUCUUGUUGAUGUGUUAAAUCCUGGCAAAGUUAUUGAAACUAGUAGUGGUCAGCAUUGGGAGAGCGUUGCUGGAAAAGGGCAGCUCAAGACUUUUGUUGCAAACUUGUGGUCGAGUAUUGCAGGUCGAAAUGGUUUGAAGAGUCACAUUGUUCAUUGCCAAGUUCUUCAAGCCUGAUAAAUGAGAGUAUGUUGGAGGAUUCAGUAGUGGAACUUCAGUGGUUAUGGAAAAUAAUAAGAGUUUCAGAGGUUAGUCGAUACAAUAUACAGUAAGUUCUCCUGCUGAUGCUUACUUGAUUUUCCUCCUGAAACGUAAAGUUUGUUCCAAAUUAAAACAUUUUGAAAAGGUUCAAGUCACAUUCUGGCUUUUCUUUGAGUUAUGAAAAGUCUGUUAUAUGUUUGAGUACGGGGGAAAAUUGAUAAUCAAGCAGAAGUCCUUGAGUUUUCAAGUUGAAGGGAAUGUGGCAUUGAUCUUAUGUAAACAUGAUAAAUGAUAAUUUUGUUCACGCAUGUUGUUUUUUGCCUAAAAGCAUGCUGAUAGGUCCAUGGUAUUCAAGAAAUAGAGCUCCUUGGGAGAAAAUAUCUAAUGGUGACGGUCCAUAGCAAUAAAUUUGCACCCAAAGAAAGUCAACCUUUGGUUAUGAGCACGAAUCCUAAAAUCUAAUGAUCCGAUUGCUGACAUUCAGUUGGUGCACAUUUAAUGCCAUAGAUCCGGAUGCACUUGGUACUUUACCACUCUUGGAACGGUUAGAGAAAGCAGUUCCUACAUUGGCGAUGACUAUGUAAUUUUUUCAGAUCCUGUUGUCACUAUUUAGAUCCAUAUGUACUUAAGUAUUCUAAUAUGAAAUAUUUCUUGAGUAUUC